GACAGAGGCACACCCAGCCGCUGGCCUCAGUUCAGCUCUCCUCCAGACAGCAGAAGCAGCAGCAGUGUGCAGUGGAAGUCAUGCUCAGCCUCCGAUUACCACGAGUCUUCACCAUCAAUCAAGUGCCCAAAGUUUUCCAUGAGGACAGCAUCAUCUCCGGCUACAGACACCCGCGCAGCUCGGCCACCGACUGCAUCCUGAGCCUCUUCCAGCUGACCAAUGAGACGCUCAACAUCUGGACCCACUUUCUGCCCACCUGGUACUUCCUAUGGAAACUAGUGUCGGUGGUCCUGAUUCAGACAGCAUGGCAGGACUCCUUCACCUGGCCUCUGCUCACGUUCCUGCUCUCCUGCUGUAUUUAUCCGCUGGCGUCCAGCUGCGCUCACACCUUCAGCAGCAUGUCGGCGCGGGCACGCCACAUCUGCUUCUUCUUCGACUACGGCGCCCUCAGUUUCUACAGCCUGGGUUCAGCCAUCAGCUACUCAGCUUACGUUUUCCCGGAUAAGUGGGUGAACGGCGUCUUCCAUCAGUGCUACGUCCCCAUCGCUGUGUUCAACACCGUCAUCUGCACCAGCAUCGCCUGCUAUUCCAGGCUUGGCUUACCAUACUGGCAAUAUAAUCAUGACACCAUAAAGAGAUUCCCUGAGUGCCAGAGUCCAAAGUUCAGCAAAUACCUGCGUGUUUUUGCCUUCGCCUACCCGUACCUGUUCGACAACAUUCCUCUGUUCUACAGGGUGUUUCUGUGUGUCGGGGAAGGCUGCACAGACAAUGACACCAACAUCCUCCACUACUACCACAUCGCCUUGGCUUUACUCACAGGCUUUCUGUUUGCCACACAUUUACCUGAGCGCCUCGCACCUGGCAGCUUCGAUUACAUAGGUCACAGCCAUCAACUCUUCCAUGUGUGUGGCAUCCUGGGCACCCACUUCCAGAUGAGGGCCAUUGAGCAGGACAUGGUGACACGGCGGCCCUGGCUCCUUGAACACUCCAUCCCCAUCACCUCUUCUCACUCAGUGGGUGCAGCGCUGUUUUGUGUGGUGGUGAACCUGAUCAUCAUCCUCCUGUACAGUCUGCCUCUGCUCUCUGCUCCAGCCUGCCAAGAGAAGAAACAUGAUAAACAGCCAAAGAAAACCUCAGCCAAGGUCGGCCGCUGCUGCUAAAUCUCUGGCUUCAUAAGUCACGGCUGAGGGGACGCAGCUCGUCACAGACAGGUGAAAAGAGGGCAUUAUGGGUGAUGAAGAAACAUUGUAAAGAACACUCCUGAUGUGAUGUUUGAGUGAAUCAUCUCUAUCAGUCUGUACUAAUUUAAGGCAUCACUGUGACGACAGCUGCAAAGUUGCACUAACAUACAAUGGAAAUCUAACAAAAUGUUUGUUCCCAUCAUAUGUAAUGAAUGUAAAUGUUUCUGAGGAAACUUGUUCCUGCAAAAAAAGCUACACAUGUAGCAGGUUAGCUACAUUAUAAGGGCAUUGCUAUAGUUGUUCAUGAUAAUAUUGUUUUGCUUUGGUCUCUGAUGUGGGGCAUGAAGAGACUCAGCUAAAGGGAGAGAAAUGCUGAUUUCACUAUCAGUUUGAAACUGUAGUGCUGCAUUUACACACUGUACCUUUUUAUAUUUAUAGUGCUUGUACACAGUCGGUUGGAUUGUUUGUUUAUCUGUCAAGACAAAAGAGAAACAGUUAUGACAAGGGAAGAAAAAUCAGUUAGAGCUUCCUGCAAAGUAGCAAGUUCAGUUUCUGUUGAUAUAAAAUAUCUGAUACAGAGUGAAUUUUUUCCCUCGUAUGACUGCUGUUUCUGUGACAUGUCACAUUGUUCUGUUACUGUAAAACUGAGAAUAUUUAUAUACAAUGUUAUUUAUUACGACUGAUUUUUCAAAUAAACU